AUGCUUAGAAGCUCGAGGUCAAAGCCAUUUCAGAGGUUGGUUAGAUUCAACUCGACCAAGUACUUCCCCACAGAACCUCCAGCACCAAUCCUUGCAACAAAAACUAUUCCAGGCCCCAAAUCUCAAAAGAUCAAUGAAGAAUUGGGUAAAGUUUAUGAUAAUGGUGCUACAUACUUUGUUGCCGACUACUUCAACUCAUUGGGUAAUUUCAUAAGUGAUGCUGAUGGUAAUAAGAUGUUGGAUGUCUACUGCCAAAUCUCGUCGAUUGCCUUGGGUUAUAAUAACCCCAAAUUGAUUGAAGCAGCCAAAUCUGAUGAAAUGAUUUCGUCGAUUGUUAAUCGUCCAGCAUUGGCGUGUUUUCCACAAAGCAAUUACAAGGAUAUUCUUGAAGAAGGGUUAUUGGCUGCAGCACCACCAGGCAUGAAUAGGAUCUGGACAGCAUUGAGUGGAUCCGAUGCUAAUGAAACUGCGUUCAAGGCUGCAUUUAUGUAUCAACAUGCUAAAUUGAGACAAACCAAGGAAUUUACUGCCGAGGAAUUGUCUAGUGUUAUGGAUAACAAGACUCCCGGUGCUUCAGAUAUGGUGAUUUUGUCUUUUGACAAGGGGUUCCACGGUAGAACAUUUGGUGCAUUGGCAACUACUAGAUCAAAAGCAAUCCACAAAUUAGAUAUUCCCACAUUCCCAUGGCCCAAGGCAGAGUUCCCACAGCUCAAGUACCCAUUGGAUCAAUUUGAGGCAGAGAACAGAGCUGAGGAGCAAAGAUGCUUGGAUCAAUUAGAAGAAAUAAUUGUCAACUCGCCAAAACAAAUAGCCGCGGCAAUUGUUGAGCCCGUUCAGUCUGAAGGUGGUGAUAACCAUGCCACUAGUUUCUUUUUCCAAGGUAUUCGUGACAUUACCAAGAAACAUGGUGUUUUAUUCAUUGUUGAUGAGGUGCAGACGGGUGUUGGUGCAACUGGUAAGUUUUGGGCUCAUGAGCACUGGAACUUGACGUCACCACCCGAUAUGGUUACUUUUAGUAAGAAAUUCCAAGCAGCAGGUUUCUACUUUGGUAACUCUGAAUUACAACCAAAACAACCAUAUAGGCAAUUUAACACAUGGUGUGGAGAUCCAUCAAAAGCCAUCUUGGCCAAGGCUAUUUACAAAGAGAUUGUUGCUUCAGAUUUGGUUACUGCUACUGAAAAAGUUGGUGAUUAUUUGUACAAAGGAUUGCAAACUAUUUUUGCUAAGAGAAGCGACUUGUUUACCAACUUACGGGGUGAAAACUACGGAACCUUUAUUGCAUGGGAUUGUGUCAAUGUUGAUGUUAGAGCCCAAGUGUUGCAAGGCGUGAAGGAAAAAGGAGUUAACAUGGGUGCUUGUGGUGACGUAUCAAUUAGAUUGAGACCAACAUUGUUGUUUGAAAAGAAACACGCAGAUGUGUUUUUGAAUAUUUUGGAAGACACUGUUGGUAAUCUCUAA